GAGAAGCCAUAGAAUAUCGGUACGCCUGCAGCUUGAUUGACACCCCUGUCGUCCAAUCAGUGCUAUUUGUAUUGCGAUAGUACCCUGGAAUUAGUUUUGUUGUAGCCAGUACUGACAAAUAUGUCGGCUUCUGGGAAUCUCCUGACCACCAAUAUUAUGGAUAUAUGAGAAGAUCACAUCAUUGUUUUGGGAUUAUAUGCACCUGGUUUUCUUCUCUCUAGCUUCCGCAUUGAUGGAGCGGGCUGCAGACAGAUGCUAGCUAUUUUACAGAAGUUAAAAAACCAAGCAGCUUCCACCCCUAGCUAACAGUUAGUUAAGCUAAGCUGCGUGUAGUAAAAUAACGUCAGACAUAUCGGUGUCUGGCUAGCUAGCCAAACAAUUAACGUUAUCUGUAUUAGCUUGCCGCUUGUAGCCACAACAGCAAGACGUUACAUCCUGCUGGCACCGCUGAAUGAGUCCUAUGAAUAAUACAGAAUGUUGCUUUAAGGAAUUGUUCUGCUGAUCAUAACCCCAUGAGGAAAUAACACGACCAAGACUGGCACGUCCCAUUCGUCGUUUUUGGACCCAGAACAAUUGUAAACCCCCUCACAGGUGCAGCACCCUGACCAACCAUCAGACUGGAUUCACUUCUUUUGUGACACAGGACCUGUUGAAGUUUAUGUUCAGUACUGCCUCCUUGCUAUAUAGACAAAGCAAUCCAAAUCAACAAUUGAGGAGGCCCCAGCACUGGAUCCGGUUUUGGAGUUUGGAGAAGAUACUUUUAACAUGAAAAAAAAUAAGGCUUUAGGAAUUUCUAUCUUCCACAGAUAAAAGCCACAGUUUUUCAAAUUUUCGUUGAGGUUUUGUAGAAGUUGCUCUGGAGAAGCUGUAUCCUACAAAGGUUUGCUGUGGAAGCAUGUUAUCCAAGCCUCAGUGCUCUCUGCUGGGGAAGGAAGGAGAGGGAAGGCCCUAGAAGUCCCUGGAGAAGACGGCAAAUUAGAAAACGGCCUGUAGCUGGAAGGCUGACAGUUACAUAACUUACAGGCACAGCCAUCCACUAACAGUUGAACAAGGAAACCAGUGGGGAUACCGAGUUAUUCUAUUGGUUGCUAUAGCUGGCUGAUAUAUGAGAUAAUACCAUUAUCUAUUCACACAUAACCCCCAGUGCUCCAAAUCAACACCAUAAUUUUAGCGCUUUCUCAAAAAUUUAAUUUACAUAGAUACUAAUGGAUGUUUGCCUGGAUUUUCCCACAAAUGUUUUGGAAAGAAUCACACAACCACUUCUUGCAUUUUGUCUUCCAAUCACAUCCCUGGUGCAUCUGGCAGGUGAGGUGGUUUGAAUCAGCCACCCGCGGGGUUUAGGGAUGCCCCGACACAGGAAAACCAGGAUCCUCCACUGGCCCGUUUACAGACUGCUGUUUCUAGUACAAGUUCUGGACUGAAGGCAAAUUGUUUCCUUCUCUAGAAGAGUCCAAGGGGUUGUCACUUUUUAUUUACCAGACUUUUUCUUAUACUGCUACAACUGCCCAGACUGAUGAUCUCUGGGUGCUAAAAACUUUAAAUUUUAAUAUUAAUCUCCAUACAUUCUGCUGGCACAUUUAGCUACAAACAAGUUCAUUUCCCAUUUUAGGUCUCGACCUGCAUUUAUUUUCAAGCUGUGAAAAGUCAUUGUUCUUCAAGCUUUCCACUCCAUUUCUUGCUGUUUCUUUUGCUCAAUCUUGCAUCUCCAUCUCCUACCAAAACAGGCCUUCCUCUGCCAACUUUUAUACCUCACUAAACUUCCAUUCUUUGACCAAUCAAAUCAAACUGGAUGAGGUCACAUCCGGCGCAAGGUUCAUCAAUUUAGCUGAGGUUUUCUGUUUGUCAGAUUACAAUUUGAUAAGACUUUUACAGCUCCAAAUCACUAAGAAGCUACAUUUUUGUGUUUACAUUCAAAGGUCCAACUAGUUUUUUAAAUCUCAAUAACAGCAAUGUUUUUUUGUAUGUAUAUUAUGUUUUUCUUCAAGCCUUUAUUCACUUUGCAAUAUAAAAAGCAAACAUCCUCUUUUUGGACUGAUUUUACACAGUCAGUUUCUGUUGACUUGUAAUUGACUGGCAUGUUGGGUAGAACAGAGACAAGCUAGUGUUUAUUUGCCUGCAGCUCUAAGAAUAAGGUGUCCGGACACCUCCUCCUCUUUUGUCCUUCCCGCCUUCCCACCUGUUUUUUGGCUGACAGGAAAACAAGGUUUUCACAGCUGAGCGACUUGUAAGGUUCUUUUAAUCUCCCACACAAACACACAGUAGAUCAGGAUCGACCUUUUAACCUAAGUAAGUAAUUGCUCCUCCUUCCAUCUUAGUGUGAUGAAGCAGGGGAGUGUUUUCCUCUUUUCCACGUGAAAGAGGAAAACACUCCUCAAUUAUCCUUCCAGCUCUUGUAUCUGUUCUUACCAUUUUAACCUUUUUGCCAAUCCAUCAGUUCAAACCAAAAAUUACAAAUCCACCCAGUACACCACACGUAAAGAAAUGUUUAACUCUGAACGAUAAAUUCCUCGUCAUAGCAGUUGCUGGACACACACACACCACUACACAUUAGAAGUGAUGCCAGGUAGCAGCAGUAAGACUGGAGGGCGGGGUCCAUCCUCAUCGCCCCUCCCCCACAUCGUGAUCCCGCCCAGCAGACCCUUGAGACCCUCCCGCUACGUCCCGGUGUCGGCAGCCACUUUCUUCCUCGUUGGCUCCACCACGCUUUUCUUCUGCUUUACGUGUCCAUGGCUUUCAGAGCGUUUCUCAGUAGCUGUACCCAUCUACAAUGGAGUCAUCUUCCUGUUUGUUUUGGCUAACUUCUGUAUGGCCACAUUCAUGGACCCCGGCAUCUUCCCUAGAGCUGAGGAGGACGAGGACAAAGAGGAUGAUUUUCGAGCUCCCCUCUACAAGACUGUGGAGAUCAGAGGGAUCCAGGUCAGAAUGAAGUGGUGUUCGACCUGCCGCUUCUACAGGCCGCCACGGUGCUCCCACUGCUCCGUCUGUGACAACUGUGUCGAGGACUUCGACCACCACUGUCCUUGGGUGAACAACUGCAUCGGCAGGAGGAACUACCGCUACUUCUUCCUCUUCCUUCUGUCUCUGACAGCUCACAUCAUGGCCGUGUUUGGCUUUGGCCUACUCUUUAUCCUCUACCAUCGCCAAAACAUUGACCGCUUGCACGCCAUCGUCACGCUAGGUGUAAUGUGUGUUGCAGGCCUGUUCUUUAUCCCUGUUGCUGGCCUUACUGGUUUCCACAUAGUGCUUGUGGCCAGAGGCAGGACUACCAAUGAACAGGUAACAGGCAAGUUCCGAGGAGGUGUUAACCCUUUCACCAAUGGCUGUUGGAAGAAUGUCUCUCAUGUCCUCUGCAGCUCACAGGCACCCAGGUAUUUGGGCAGAAAGAAGUGUGUGCAGAGUGUGUGUGUGCAGCCUCCCUUUCUGCGACCACAGCUGACAGAGGCCCAGCUGGCAGCAAAGAUCCUGGACAACGGUAUACAGGGAGACCUGCACCGGUCCAAGUCCAGUCUAGAGAUGAUGGAGAGCCAGUCGUGCGACGCUGAGCCUCCUCCUCCUCCCAAGCCAGAGCUCCGCUACCCUGGAAUCACCAGAGGAAACACAGAGGAGUGCAGUCUACUGAACAAAGCCCCUCCCACCCCCAUAAUGUACAAAUACAGGCCCACCUACAGCCCCGGCAAGAACCACACAGCGCUCACACAUGCCUACGCCAACCAGUUAAGUCGAGGGGAGAGUGUUGGCAGUGCCAGGGACUCUUCUUCCUCCACCUCCUCCCUCCUUCAAGCCAGCCAGCAGCCUGGUUUCCGCUCCCAGCCCAGCUUGGACCAGAGAGACACUUCAUCUGACAGAGUGGGAGGGGGAGGAGGUGGGGAGAGAAUGGAGGCGAGAAGAGAGGUGGGGGGAGGGGGCAUCCCUGGCUACUCCCUUGGCGGGCGCUCGUACCCUUCCUUCUCCGACCAUAUGGUCCUAUCAGGAGUGGCGUCCCGAUCUUCCAGCUCCACGCACACCUCAGCAGGCGGCGUCCACAUUUCCGAGGCGACCACCACCUCGGCCAGCUUCAAGAGCUUAGCCAAUCAGACACCCCCGCCUCACCACCCGUCCCGCAACGGGAGUCUAUCGUAUGACAGUUUACUGGCAGGUGGUGACGAUUUUGACAAAGUGGUGGCAGCGGGUUCAGGAGCCCCUGAGGUCUCCUCUGGGAGACCCUGCACGCCAGCAGCAGGCGGCUACAGCUCCCCUUUCCUGUCGUCACAACCGAGAGACGCUGAGAUGCACUCCCAGUCCUCCCAGUCGCCCCAUCACUACCACCGCUCCUCCUCCCACCACCACCACCACCACCACUCCUUCCUCCAUCGUUCCUCCUCCUCUACGUCCUCCUCCCCACCGCCUCCUCCGGAGAGGGAGUGUCUGCUGGGCGAGCCUACCAAUCAGGCCUUGGCUCCCCCGUCCUCCUCUGCCCCGCCUCCCCCACACCAUCACCACCACCACGGCCAUCAUCACCACCACCACGGCCAUCAUCACCACCACCACUCCUCCUCUUCUUCCUCUACCUCGCGCCCUCCCCGCUUCGCUGCCCCUCAUGCACCACCCCACCACGCUUAUCCCUACCGCACCCGCUCCACCGACACCCCUCUAGGAUCCUCCUCUACCACAACCCACCCUCCUCGCUCCCCGCACCCCCCGCCUCUGGGAAAGUCCCUCUCUUACUCGAGUGCCGCUGCUGCCGAAAUGCAGUACCGGCUGGUUCGAAAGGCUUCUGCAUCAGCAGGAGCGAACGCAGCAGGGGUAGGAGGAGGAGGGAGUGGAGGAGGAGGAGGAGGAGGAGGAGGGAUACAAGCGCCGAAGGAUGAGCUGAUCCAGAUGAAACCUCUGAGUUGGACCAAUGGCGGCCAGCUCUUCUCUUCCUCCUCCUCCUCCUGCUCUGCCCCUUCCUCCCCCUCUCACCCAGUCGGCGUGUCCACCCGGCCUGGAGCUGCUUUUCCCAGCGCACCAUUGAUGCAGAGUCCCCCCCACAAGCCUGCGAGUGGCGGGGUAAAGAAGGUGACGGGCGUCGGGGGAACCACCUAUGAAAUUUCUGUCUGA